GGGGGGGGGGCGGAGGCGGACACCCGGCACCGCCGCCUGUUGCCCGGCAACGGUGGCGUCGUCCGGCGCAUGCGCGGCCUUCUCCCGGACGGCGAAGCGGAAGUGACGCAGUGACACGAGGUGAGAGGUCGGCGGCGCGGCGGCCGCUUUCUUUUCCGGUCUGGGAGCCAUCGCGGCGGGAGUCUUGAGAUGGGGAAGUUCAUGAAGCCGGGGAAGGUGGUGCUGGUGCUGGCCGGCCGCUACUCGGGGCGCAAGGCCGUCAUCGUGAAGAACAUCGACGAUGGCACUUCCGACCGGCCGUACAGCCACGCCUUGGUGGCCGGCAUUGACCGCUACCCGCGGAAGGUGACUGCCGCCAUGGGCAAGAAGAAGAUCGCAAAGAGGUCCAAGAUCAAGUCCUUCGUGAAGGUUUACAACUACAACCACCUGAUGCCCACCCGGUAUUCCGUUGAUAUUCCUCUGGACAAAACAGUCGUCAAUAAGGACGUGUUCAGGGACCCCGCUCUAAAACGCAAAGCGAGACGUGAAGCAAAGGUGAAAUUUGAGGAGAGAUACAAGACGGGCAAGAAUAAGUGGUUCUUCCAGAAGCUGCGGUUCUAAAGGUGUAACAAGGUUGCAUCAAUAAAUGUUUAUGAAAAACCA